CGUGCUAUCCUCUCGUAUAAAUACGGAAUAAGCCACGUCAGCAUCAUUUUUGAAACGGUUUCAUCGUUCGCUAACUAUUAUGAAGAUUUUUAUCGGAAAAUCGAACGCUAUGGUUGGAGAACUUAUGUUUCUGACGUGGGUGAUGACAGCAGUAUAUUUAUCUGCGGGGGCUGAUGAUGUUCAGAGGUGCAACAAACCAAUAAUUGGAGAGUGCCACUGUGGAAACGAUUCGGAACUGAUGCCUGUUUAUGUGAAAAGUUGCCUAAAAGUUCAGGAUGAUGGUUCAGAAAUUUGCAGCCCUUGCCCUGAUGCUUGCGAAGAUUUCUCUAACUGCAAAAAAUGUUCUAAAACAGCUUGUCUAACUUGUCCUCCUGGAAGGUCUGGAAAAUUUUGUAAAACCGAGAAUAAAAAGUUGCAUCAGAUUGUCACAUAUGCCGAUUUCAAGGAAAAUAUUUCUACAGAUAUGCAAGCUAUGAAUACAGCUUUAGUCAUUAAUGCAACUUCUCAUCCAAAGGAAAAUGCAUCGAAGCAAGAGAAUCAAACCACAGUUGAGAAUAAUGAACCCGGAGACGUUUCCUUACACGUGAAUAAAGAAUACAAGAAGUCGAAUGAUACAAUGCUUGGAUAUGACUUAGACUGGUCGGAGGAAAUGGGAGAUGAGAAUAUAAUUGAGGAUAUUUUGAAUAAAUUACCUGUAGCAGCAAAUCAGUCACCUUUUCAUCGGAAUAACUCAAAAAGAGAUUUUGUUCUAAGUUGGCAAUUAGACAGUAUACUACCUGAAGAUAUUCACGAUGAUAAUUAUGAGUACAGUAAUUCAGAGGAUUAUUAUUACAGUCCUGAAAACAUGAACUUGGAUGGCACUUUAAUGACUAAUUACAUGCGAAACAAUAAUGUAGAACGUAAAAAGUACAGUGAACAUAUAGAGGGAGAGGAAUCAACUAAAUUUGGAAAAAGUAAAACGAAUAGAAAAUUGGGACUUUGCGAUGUGCUUCCUAUGCUUCCCACAUGCUCUCUUCUGCAUUUAACUAUUAUGGAAACUCCUGACUUGAAACAUCCUAAACUGAAAUCAAAGUCCAGACCACAUUCUCACAUUUUUCCGCCCCAUUUGAUACUUUUUUCUCGCAAGAAGAGGAGUCUAGAAACGCAGAUGAAAAAUGAGGUUGGUUCUUCAAACCUUAAAAAAAGAUCUCCUUUGCUAAUAAUUGGAACAUACGGAGAUGUCUUCUUUCGCAAAGAUGAAAUGAAAAAUAAUUAUGAUUGCGAUGAACAAGACAGUUUUCCAAACGAUUUGCCAAAGCGUGACAAAAAAGACGUUAAAAUGCCAAAUGAAUUUAAGUUACAAAAAUACGAUCGAAAUCCUCAUCAUUAUCAGUCACUUGUAAUUAUUAUCAAUAAAGCCCACAAUAAAAAGCAUACCAGACCUGUUGAACAUAACGCUACAAAUGAUGAUUCAACCCCAUUCAAAUUCCAGAAGUACUUAUUCUCCAUAAAUCCUGAUGAAAUCACUACGAAUACCAUUGUAGAUCAUAAUAGCAGAAUAAAUAAUAACAAAACUGGGAUAAAAUUUUACAUCAGUAAAAGAGACGAUGUUGAUAAAACAAUAUUUAAAGAAGCCCAACACCAGCAGUCUAAAAUGACAAAGAGGAAAUUAAAAUAUGAUUUAGGCACUUUGCUUGAAAAUGCAAUAUCCAGUGAUCAUGAAAGUUGGCAUUCUCGAAACCAGUUAGAACCACUAUAUGAAGAUAAUUUACUUCAAAAAUCUAUUCCUCCUUUCCCUGAAAAUCAACAUUAUACCAUCCGACAUCUUUUUGAAACUGAGAAUAAAAAUUCUUCACUUCUCAGAAUCCCAUCAGGUACCGAACAGAAGCUGCGCAUUAAACGGCAAGCCCCACAUGAUGACUGGUGUUCUUUUCCAACUGGAACGAAGCAUGGAGAUUUAGACUGCACGGUGUGGUCCUAUCAAAAGAGAUGUGUUUUGAAAUGUCAUCCAGGAUACCUGUACCAUGGAAAAGACGAAGCCCGAUUCACCUGCGCUCGCAAAACAGGGAAGUGGAUUCCUGAUAUGGAAGCCUGCACUGCCGAUUCUAACACGAGUCAUCAUAAAAGGGCACCGCAUCACAGCCAUGGCCUCGACAGAAGCAAAAAUCAGCAUGGAGACAAAUCUGAAAAUGAACUGGCCUACAGUAAUACUCUGGACGCUAAAGAAUCAAAAGCACAUACAAAAGGAAAGCCGACUACAGUAAUGCAUGGCAACCGUGCAGAAACCAAGCAAAAAUCUGCUCCUAAUAAACAAUUAAGCGUCACAUCUGUACCACUAGCAGAAGAUAUAAAGCUCUAAAAGGGAAAUGGGACAAAAUCAUCCGAAGAUAAAGAACAUGAAUUAGGUUUAGAAUAACUUAUAAAUUAAAAGAAAUGCUUGAGCAGAAUGCUUUAUAGAACAUGAUCUGAAAUAAUAGUGAACAUUGUAACUAAUUUUCAAACUACUUAUUUUUAAUAUGAAAAUAAUAAAUUAAUAUUUUAUUUUUAGGGAUCCAUUGGUAAUAAAAUGUAUA